AUGGUCAGUAACAUUGCAAACCUGAGAAAGGAGUAUGGGAAAAAACUGAAAAACUUAGAAGAACUAGCAUCCUCAGCUACACAAUCCUUCUAUACAAAUAAGACAGAGGAAAAUAGGGAAAAUAUGCAGAAGACUACACAAGCAUAUUCCAACUUUUUGUUGGACAAGGCCCAGCAAAGUUUAUUUUUUAAGGGUAAAAAAUAUUUCACAGAAUCAGGGCUACCUGGGAAACUUCUAUCUAGAGUGAUUUCGAGCCAGGAAUCCAAAAAAUAUAUAGACAAUGUCCGACUGGCCAAUGGUAGGAUGGCUAGUGGACAAAGUUCUGUAGAGAAAGCGUUUUUGGAUUAUUUUUCAGACCUUUAUAAAGCUGACUCUAAAGUUACAGAUGAAAUGAUGGAUUCUUAUCUUGAUGGCAUUGUCUUUCCAACUAUUACCGUGGCCCAAAAGAAAGCACUUGAGGUAGAUUUUUCGAUUCAGGAACUUGAUGGGGCAACUAAAUUAUGUUCGGGUUCUUCAAUUACUCAACUACGUGCACAAGACUAUGAUGGUGACAAAUUGGUGUAUGGAAUAGUAGGCGAUGAAGCUAGUAAAUUUUUUGCUGUGGAAAGUGAAACUGGUGUGGUUUGGCUUCGGCAAUCAUUGGAUCGAGAGACUAAAUCAGAAUUCACAGUUGAAUUUUCUGUCAGUGACAGCCAGGGGGUUAUUAAAGGCAAAGUAAAUAUCCAGGUUGGGGAUGUCAAUGACAAUGCACCUACCUUCCAUGGCCAGCCAUAUACAGUGCGCAUUGCAGAGAACACACCAGUGGGAACUCCAAUUUAUAUUGUGAAUGCCACAGAUCCUGAUCAGGGAACAGGUGGAAGCGUGUUGUACGCGAUUCAGCCUUCCUCCAGUUUUUUUGCUAUUGAUAGGUCUCGGGGCAUUGUGACUGUGAUCAGUCCGCUGGACUAUGAAACCACUGUGGCAUACCAACUUCAGGUUAAUGCAACGGAUCAAGACAAGACAAAACCUCUGUCAACAUUAGCUAACCUUGCCAUUACAGUCACUGAUAUUCAAGACAUGGACCCAAUUUUCGUUAAUUUGCCGUAUAGCACUAACAUAUAUGAAAACUCACCUCCGGGGACAACAAUACGUAUGAUAACAGCAAUUGAUCAAGACAGAGGGCGUCCUAGAGGAAUUGGUUACACUAUAGUUUCAGGUAACACCAAUAGUAUAUUUGCCUUGGAUUAUAUCAGCGGUGCAUUAACCCUGAAUGGGCAGCUAGACCGAGAAAAUCCCUUGUACACAUCAGGAUUCAUUCUAACAGUUAAGGGAACAGAAUUGCUGGAUGACAGAAGUCCUUCUGAUGCCACUGUGAAAACUACUUUCAACAUUCUAGUGAUUGACAUCAAUGACAACGCUCCACAAUUUAAUAGCUCGGAGUACACAGUCAGCAUUCCAGAGUUAGCCCAACUUGGUUUUGCGCUGCCUCUGUAUAUUCAAGUGCAAGAUAGGGAUGAGGGUAUCAACAGUGCCUUUGAAGUUUACCUUGUGGGAAACAACUCCAACCACUUUAUCAUUUCUCCAACCUCCAUCCAAGGAAAGGCUGACAUCCGCAUGAGAGUUGCAGUGCCCCUGGACUAUGAGACAAUACCCCGCUAUGAAUUUUCUCUGUUUGCAAAUGAAAGCGUCUUGGAUCAUGUGGGAUUUUCCCAAGUGAAAAUUAACCUGAUCAACGAAAAUGAUAACCGUCCUAUCUUCAGCCAGGCGCUCUACAACAUUACUUUGUAUGAGAAUGUUACUGUGGGAACCACCAUCCUCCAAGUUUCCGCUACAGACAAUGAUGUCGGGACUUUUGGAAAAGUGAGCUACUUCUUCAGUGAUGAUCCAGACAAGUUUUCACUUGAUAAAAACACGGGUAUAAUUACCCUUAUUGCUCGGCUGGAUUUUGAGACUACUCAGCGAUACACCCUAACAGUGAUUUCCAGGGAUGGUGGAGGUGAAGAGACAACUGGUCGUGUGCGCAUCAAUGUUUUGGAUGUCAAUGACAAUGCACCCAUCUUUCAGAAAGAUUCCUACCUUGGAGCAAUAAGAGAGAAUGAACCAUCUGUGAUCACAGUGAUCAAGCUUAGGGCAACUGAUGAGGACUCUCCACAAAAUAACCAAAUUAUUUACAGCAUUACCGAGGCUUCAGCAUUCCGAAGCUUUUUUGAAAUUACAAUAUCUGAAGGUUAUGGAGUAAUAACUGUCAUUCGACCUUUGGAUUAUGAACAAAUUUCCAAUGGAGUUAUAACAUUGCAAGUUAUGGCAAGAGAUUCAGGGGUUCCACCUUUAAACAGUUCUGUACCCAUUAGUAUUGAAGUCUUUGAUGAGAAUGACAACCCUCCCACAUUUAGUCGGCCAUCAUAUGUGAUUACUGUAAUGGAAAAUAUUAUGGCAGGUGCUACAGUGCUGUUUUUAAAUGCUACAGAUUUGGAUCGAUCCAGAGAAUACGGGCAGGAAUCUAUUAUAUACUCAUUGGAUGGUUCACCUCAGUUUCGGAUCAAUGCCCGAUCAGGAGAAAUAACUACAACUACUCUACUGGAUCGGGAAACGAAGUCAGAAUACAUCUUAAUAAUACGAGCAGUUGAUGGAGGUGUGGGACCCAAUCAAAAAAUUGGCAUUGCUACAGUAAAUAUCACUUUGUUGGAUAUAAAUGAUAAUGCUCCUCAGUGGAAAGAUGAACCUUACCUUAUUAAUCUGGUAGAGAUGACACCGCCAGAUUCAGAUGUCACUAUGGUGGUAGCCUUUGAUCCAGACCUUGCUGAAAAUGGCACACUGGUUUACAGCAUCAACCCUUCAAAUAAGUUUUAUACCCUGAAUAGUACCACAGGAAAAAUCCGUACUACUGGUGUCGUUUUAGACAGGGAAAACCCAAAUCCACAAGAAGCAGAAAUGAUGAGAAGAAUUGUAAUUUCUGUAACGGACCGUGGUAGACCUCCUCUCCGGGCCACAAGCAGUGCUACAGUAUUUGUGAAUUUGCUGGAUCUUAAUGAUAAUGAUCCCACAUUUCAGAAUCUGCCAUUCAUUGCAGAGAUCCUGGAGGGCACGCCUGUUGGUGCAUCUGUAUUCCAGGUGGUGGCUGUUGACCUAGAUGAAGGGCUGAAUGGUCAAGUAACAUAUCGAAUGCAGGUUGGAAUGCCGCGGAUGGACUUUACUAUAAACAGUACUAGUGGGGUUGUCACAACUACAACUGUUCUAGACAGAGAGACGAUUGCCGAAUAUUACCUCCGGGUAGUAGCCAGUGAUGCAGGAUCUCCAUCGAAAAGCUCUACAAGUACUCUUACAGUUCGAGUUCUAGACACCAAUGAUGAAAGGCCCACUUUUUACCCAGCUCUGUACAACAUUUCACUGGCGGAGAACGUACCUCGAGAUUACAUUGUGGCACGUCUAAACUGCUCAGAUGCCGAUACUGGAUUAAAUGCCGAACUGAGCUAUUUCAUAACAGGAGGAAACCAAGAUGGGAAGUUCAUUGUUGGGUUUCGUGAUGGGAUUCUGAGAACAGUAGUGAGUCUUGACCGGGAGACCGUGGCUUCUUAUACUCUAAUUCUAGAAGCUAUAGACAAUGGACCAGCAGGAAAUCGGAAAACAGGAACAGCCACUGUCCUAGUGACAGUACUGGACAUCAAUGAUAACAGACCCAUCUUUCUGAAAAGCAGUUAUGAAGCCACAGUUCCCGAAAAUAUCCCUGAGUCCAGCAGUAUUAGUCAGUUGGAAGCUACUGAUGCAGAUGAAGGGGAGAAUGGGAGAGUUUGGUACCGUAUUAUUAGUGGAAAUAGCAGAAAUUUUCGUAUUGAUGUAAGUACAGGACUACUUAUGCGAGGUCCACUGGCUCUGGACAGAGAAACCAAUUCCUCUCAUGUUUUGAUGGUGGAGGCAUAUAACAGUGAUCAAGGGCCAAUGAGAAGCUCUGUGCGGGUAAUUGUUUAUGUAGAUGAUGUUAACGAUGAGCUGCCUGUCUUCACACAACAGCAAUAUAGUCGCUUGGGCCUUCGAGAAACUGUGGGGAUUGGGACUUCUGUUACUGUUGUUAGGGCUACUGAUCGGGACACAGGCGACGGUGGACUAGUGGCGUAUAAGUUACUUUCAGGCUCUGAUGGAAAGUUUGAGAUUGAUGGAAGCACUGGACUGCUGACAACAAUUGAUUACCUGGACUACGAGACUAAGACAAGUUACACUAUGAACGUGUCCGCCACCGAUCAAACUCCACCUUACAAUCGUGGUUUCUGCUCUAUCUAUGUCACUUUGAUGAAUGAACCUGAUGAAGUUGUUCAGUUCUCCAACAGCAGAUAUGAGGCAGCGAUUUUAGAGAACAUUGCCACAGGCACUGAAGUGGUUCGUGUGCAGGCUCGUUCGAUCGAUAAUUUAAACCAGCUCACUUAUCGAUUUGACCAGAACACCAAUGCCCAAGCCUUGGCACUUUUCAAAAUUGAUAAAAUCACAGGGACAAUAACGGUGAAAGGUUUAGUAGAUCGUGAGACUGGAGACUUUUAUUCAUUAACUAUAGUAGCAGACGAUGGCGGACCCAAGCUGGAGACGACUGUGAAAGUACAAAUCACUGUUUUAGAUGAGAAUGAUAAUAGUCCCCAAUUUGAUCCAACAUCAGAGUCAGUAGUGAAUAUGCCAGAGGAUUGUCCAGUGGGGAGAAGAAUAGCUCUAGUCCUGGCCAGAGACCCUGAUGCUGGAGAUAAUGGGCAAGUGUCUUUUUCUCUUGUUGGUGGAAAUGUAGACAGACUUUUUGAGAUCCGCACUACAAAUGAUACUUAUGGUGAAGUUUUCCUUGUGAAACCACUGGACAGAGAGCUUCAAGAAGUGCACUCGUUAAGGAUCCGGGCAUCUGACAAAGGAUUGUCACCUCGACGCACAGAUUAUACAUUAACAGUGAACAUAAUGGAUGUGAAUGACAACCCACCUGUUAUAGAUAGCCCUUUUGGCUAUAAUGUCAGUGUUUUUGAGAAUGUUGGAGGGGGAACAUCAGUUAUUAAAGUGACAGCAACAGACAAGGACAAAGGACUGAACAGCGUCCUCUCUUAUUACAUUACACAAGGCAAUGAGGACUUAAUUUUCCGCAUGGAUAGGCUCACAGGUGAAAUUGCCACUCGCCCAUCUCCUCCUGACCGUGAAAAACAGAGCUUCUAUCGCCUCAUGGUUGUUGUGGAAGAUGAAGGAAACCCUGCUUUGUCAGCAACAACAGUAGUUUAUGUUACCAUCUUGGAUGAAAAUGACAAUGCACCCAUGUUUGAAAGACUGCUGUAUGAAGUAACUUUGGAUGAAGGUCCUAUGUCCCUCAACUCUAUCAUAAUUACAACUACAGCUGUGGAUCGUGAUGAGGGUCUCAAUGGAACAGUUACCUACUCUAUAAUAAGUGGCAACCUUCAGGGCACAUUUACUAUAAAUAAUUCCACGGGACUGAUUCGAGCAGUAAAAGAGCUGGAUUAUGAAGUGUGCCUAGGAAGAUAUACUCUGAUUGUAACUGCCACGGACAGAUGCCCCAUUUUGCUACGUCGUCUGACAUCUACCACCACGGUCUUAGUGAAUGUAAAUGACAUAAAUGACAAUUGGCCAACAUUUCCCAAAUCAUAUGAGGGACCUUUUGACAUAACAGAGGGACAGCCAGGUCCAAGAGUUUCGACUUUCAAAGCUGAAGAUAAAGAUGCAGGUCUUAAUGGUCAAGUAGAGUACAUCAUUGUUGGGGGUGAUAUUCUUGGGGAGUUUGUAAUUUCAUCGGUUGAGGGUGAUUUGAGAGUUAGAAAAGACUAUGAAUUGGAUCGGGAGAACAUUGCUUCUUACAACCUUACCAUUAUGGCAAAAGACAGAGGCAAUCCUCCAUUCAGUGCUACGACUGUUGUUGAAGUACGGGUAUUAGAUAUUAAUGACAAUGACCCUGUUCUCCUCAACCUGCCACUAAAUAUAACCAUCAGUGAGAACACGCCGGUAUCAACACCCAUCACCAGAAUUCUCGCUAGCGAUGCUGACACCGGAGGCAAUGCAAUUCUGACUUUUAAUAUAACUGCAGGGAAUGGAGAGAAUACAUUUUUCAUCAAUGAAAAUUCUGGAAUAGUUUAUGUAAAUCGACCUCUUGAUAGAGAAAGAAUUUCGGAAUACAGACUAACCGUGACUGUGAGAGACAAUCCCGAAAAUAUACGCAACUCAAGAAGGGAUUUUGACCUAUUGAUUGUCACAAUAUCAGAUGAGAAUGAUAACCGGCCUGUGUUUUCUCAAGGAUCAUAUCAAGCAGAGAUCAUGGAGAAUUCGCCAGCAGGAACAACCAUCAAUGUUCUCAAUGGGCCGAUUUUAGCUUUAGAUAAUGACUUAGGACCAAAUGCUCUUGUGUCGUAUCGGCUUCUAGGGCUUCAAAUUGCUUUUUUUAGCAUGAACAACAGUACAGGUGUUGUUGCUGUGAGGUCAGGAAUAGACAGAGAGUCGUAUGCUGUCCCAGUAUUAAAUCUUACCUUGGUGGCAGAGGAUAUUGGCAGACUGAACAGCACAGCCACUCUUGCAUUAACAAUAUUAGAUGCCAAUGACAACAGGCCUGUCUUCAGUGCACGAAGUGUUGAUGUUCAUCUCCUGGAAAACAGUCCUCCAGGUUUUUCUGUUGUGCAGGUGUCAGCAACAGAUGCAGACAGUGGACCAAACCAACAGCUAAUCUACAGAAUCGAAAGUGGUGCUCGAGAUAGGUUUCAUAUUGACGCCAUCACAGGUGUCAUUCGUGUAGCCAAUGUGACUGUGGACAGGGAAGAAAAUGAUGCCUACAGGCUGACGGUUGUGGCCACAGACCAUGGUACCGCUCCCUUGUCCGGAAGCACCACAGUAAAUAUUCUUAUUGAUGAUGUAAACGACUGCCCUCCAGAGUUUAUUAAUCCAGUUCAGACUGUGAGUGUCUUAGAGUCUGUUGAAGUGGGAACAAUUAUAGCCGAGGUUACUGCCAUUGACCGAGACCUCAACCCACGUCUGCAAUAUUACAUUAUUGAAAUGUUGGCCACUGAUGACACCAAUGCAAUUGUGCCUAAUCAGCAGGCUGCUUUCAGUAUUAACUUCAACACAGGAGCAGUUAUGGUAAAUUCUCCUUUGAAUAGAGAGCUAGUGGCUACAUAUGACAUUUCUGUCUCUGUUUAUGAUAAUGCAAGUCAGGUGGUUGAUAGAACAGUCAGUGUCCCAAAUGCAAAACUAACAGUCAAUGUUCUGGAUGUCAAUGACAACACUCCUAGAUUUCGCCCUUUUGGGGUUACUGUUUUUACUCAGAGGAUUAUUGAAGGCGCUACCCCGGGAACCACACUGCUAUCAGUGUCUGCUGUUGAUCCAGAUAAAGGACCCAAUGGUCUCAUUACUUAUUCUCUCCAUAGCCUGGUCCCAGCAGGAUAUGCACAACUUGAAGAUAAUAUGGCAGGAAAGAUUAUCGCAAACCGUACUGUUGACUAUGAGCAGGUGCAAUGGUUAAAUUUUACUGUCCGGGCCUCAGAUAAUGGUUCUCCUCGUAGAUCUGCUGAGAUUCCAGUUUACCUUGAGAUUGUGGAUAUCAAUGACAAUAAUCCUAUCUUCAGCCAAUCCUCAUAUCAGAAACCAGUAUUUGAGGACAUUCAACUAGGUUCAACAGUUCUACAGAUUAAAGCAACAGAUGCAGACUCUGGAAGGUUUGCUCUCAUCCAAUACAGCCUUGUUGAUGGAGAGGGAAAGUUUGGGAUAAAUCCUACAACGGGGGACAUAUACAUCCUAUCUCCGCUGGACAGAGAGAAGAAGGAUUAUUAUACUCUCACCGCUGUCGCCAGAGAUAAUCCUGGAGAUAUCACAAGCAACCGCCGUGAGAACUCUGUGCAGGUCCUUAUUACUGUACUGGAUGUUAAUGAUUGUAGACCUCAGUUUAGCAAAAGUCAGUUCAGCACCAGCGUGUAUGAGAAUGAACCAGAAGGCACAUCGGUCAUCACUAUGUCGGCCACAGACCUGGACGAGGGAGACAAUGGAGUGGUGACUUACAAUUUGCAGGGCCCUGGUGCUGAUGCCUUCCUCAUUGAUAAAGACUCUGGUCUGAUAACAUCACGAAGACUUCUGCAGUCUUUUGAACGAUUUAACUUGACAGUUGUAGCGACUGAUAAAGGCAGACCUCCAUUAUGGGGGACCACCAUGUUAAAAGUGGAAGUGAUUGACGUCAAUGACAAUCGCCCUGUAUUUGUCCGACCUCCCAAUGGUACUAUUCUACACAUAAAAGAGGAAAUUCCCUUGAAGUCUACAGUGUAUGAGGUUUAUGCCACUGAUAAUGAUGAAGGUUUGAAUGGUGCAGUACGCUACAGUCUGCUAAAAACUGGAGCUGGCAAUAAGGAUUGGGAAUAUUUUAGUAUUGACUCAACAAGUGGGCUCAUCCAAACAGCUCAAAGGUUGGACCGGGAAAAGCAAGCCAUGUAUAAUCUAAUUAUUGUUGCCUAUGAUCUUGGGCAGCCAGUGCCUUAUGAAGCCAUGCUACCUCUUCAGGUUGCACUAGAUGAUAUUGAUGACAAUGAGCCCAUCUUUGUCCGACCGCCGAGAGGUGCUUUGCAGUAUCAGAUUCUCUCUGUCCGUGAACACUCCAAAUCUGGAACAGUGGUGGGAAAUGUCACUGGGGCUCUGGAUGCAGAUGAAGGAUCAAAUGCUAUAGUGUACUACUUCAUUGCAGCUGGCAAUGAGGAAAACAAUUUCCAGCUGAUUCCAGAAGGAAAACUCACUGUUCUGAAGAACUUGGAUCGAGAGAAGGAACCAUAUUAUACUCUUAUAGUGAAAGCAUCCAGCAACAGAAACUGGUCAGCCCGCAAAGCAAUGAGGACUGCAAAGAUUCAGAGAUUUGAUCCCAGCACAGACUCUACAUUACAAGAAGUGAGAAUCUACCUUGAAGACAUUAAUGACCAGUCACCUAGAUUCACAAAAUCGGAGUAUACCACAGGUGUUGCCACUGAUGCUAAAGUGGGCUCUGAUCUCAUAAAAGUUGUAGCAAUUGAUGCUGAUGUGGGAAACAACAGUUUAGUAUUUUAUACAAUUCUAGGUAUCCAGUACAUCAAACACAACUCAAAUGAUUCUGAGGCAGUGAAAAACAUUUUUGUGAUAGGUAACACUGAUGGCAUUAUUCGGACCUUUGACUUAUUUACUGCCUACAGCCCUGGCUAUUUUGUGGUGGACAUCAUGGCUUCUGAUCUGGCUGGACACAAUGACACAGCUGUUGUUGGUAUCUACAUCUUGAGGGAUGACCAACGCUUAAAGAUAGUAAUAAAUGAGAUUCCAGAUCGAGUGCGUGAGUUUGAGGAAGAAUUUAUACGCCUGCUUUCCAACAUAACAGGAGCCAUUGUCAAUACAGAUGAUGUACAGUUCCAUGUGGACAAAAAAGGCAGAGUCAACUUUGCACAGACUGACAUGCUAAUUCAUGUGGUAAACCGUGACACCAACAGAAUUCUUGAUGUUGAUAGAGUUAUACAGAUGAUUGAUGAAAAUAAAGAACAGUUGCGUAAUCUCUUCCGUAAUUACAAUGUCUUGGAUGUCCAACCAGCCACCGCUCCUCGUGCUGCAGAGGACCUAUCUGCUUUGCAGAUGGCAAUUAUUAUAUUGGCUAUCCUCCUGUUUCUGGCUGCCAUGUUGUUUAUCUUCAUGAACUGGUACUAUCGCACUGUACACAAAAGGAAGUUAAAAGCAAUAGUGGCCGGGUCAACAGGAAACAGAGGUUUUAUGGAUAUCCUGGAUAUGCCCAAUACAAAUAAAUACUCUUUUGAAGGUGCAAAUCCUGUAUGGCUGGAUCCCUUCUGCAGAAAUUUGGAAUUGGCAGCACAAGCAGAGCAUGAGGAUGAUUUACCUGAGAACUUGAGUGACAUAACAGAUCUUUGGAACAGCCCAGCAAGAACUCAUGGCACUUUUGGGCGUGAACCAACAGCUACCAAACCAGAAGAUGACCGCUACCUUCGUGCAGCAAUUCAGGAGUAUGAUAACAUUGCAAAACUGGGGCAGAUCAUGCGUGAGGGACCUAUUAAGGGGUCUCUGCUGAAAGUAGUUCUGGAUGAUUAUAUGAGACUGAAAAAGUUAUUAGCACAGAGAAUGGUUCAUAAAGCCACCACCAGCAAUGGGGACCAAUCCUCGGUCACAGAGUUGAUCCAGAAUGAUUUGGAUGAAGAUGAUGACCAAAGCCCUGGUUCUUUGCGUUUCAAGCACAAACACCCAGUGGAAAUAAAGGGACCAGAUGGGAUUCAUGUGGUGCAUGGAAGUACUGGAACUCUCUUGACUUCUGACAUCAAUAGUUUACCAGAAGAUGACCAAAAGGGUAUUGGGCGAUCUUUAGAGACACUAAACACAGACAAUUGUGCUUUCAGUGACAGAAACGCUCGCACAGAAUCUGCAAAAUCCACACCAAUGCACAAGCUGAGAGACACCAUAAUGGAAAGCCCUUUGGAAAUAACGGAAUUAUGACUAGAGGUGGCCUCAUUGGUCUAGCAGUUAAGAAGAAUGUACUAAGCAUUGAAGCACAAAAUGGACAGGAGCUGGUUUGAGUUGGCAUGGUUUCGUCAAGUAACCUAAAAGCACAAAUGCCCACUGUCCUUCAAAAUUUAUGGUGGACUUGUAAGUUAUGCAACUAAAAAUAUUCCUAAAAAAAGAAAAAUGGAGGAUCUUUCAUAUAUGACAAGUUGUUAUCUGAACAAAAUAUACCAUAUUACGAUGCUUCAAAUGGUACUAGGAUAUGACACAAAAUGCAAUCAUGGCAGUAAAGACAAAAAAAAACAUGCUGAGAAUGGCUUGGUACAGAGAAUUCUUUCUUCUUUCCUGCGGCAGUGAAACACUCUUCUGGUGUUGUAACAAAGAAUAUUUUAAAGGGACAAACACUGGACAAAAAACUGCCUUUAAGGCCUGUGAGGUCAUACCUUAUGUGGAACUUUAGACAAUUGAAUAUUUUUUUUUUAAGUUGUGCUGCCCUACCAAAUCUACAGAAAUUCCAGAGUACAACAAGAUGACUUCUGAAAGCAUUUUAGUGUGUAAUUGAAGUCAUUUUUAAAUGUGAGUUUUGUGAGUUUUUUUUUAAUGUUUGUUAUGAAG